AUCCGUCGGAUUAGAUAGGGCUCAUGUGGGCUUUCCUUGCUUCUCUAUCUGGAUAUAAAAAUCGAUCACCUUCUCGAUUUUGAUUGCCUAGGUUUGGUGUAGGAUCGACCCAGUUGGUCUUUUAAAGAACUAAUCUUUUACUUCCUCCUUCUCUCUAUCUCUGUAAAAAGCUUUGGGAUUUAGCUGUUAAAGUAAGAUAGAAUCUUCAUAUGUAAUAAGAUAACAAUUAGGCAUUAGCCAUUCUUUUUCUUGGUUCCUCUGUUCAACUCUUUAUCCACAAAGAGUUUGGGAUUGAUCACGAAGAGUUGUAUAAGUAGCAAGUGUGAAUGGAAGAGAGUAGCAAGUUCAAGAGGAUUUGUGUGUUUUGUGGAAGCAACUCUGGCCACAGACAAGUCUUCAGUGAUGCUGCUCUUGAGUUGGGCAAUGAACUGGUGAAACGGAAGAUAGAUUUGGUGUAUGGUGGAGGGAACGUCGGGCUGAUGGGUUUGGUAUCCCAGACUGUAUUUGAUGGAGGUUGCCAUGUUCUUGGAGUCAUUCCAAAAGCUCUCAUGCCUAGAGAGAUAUCCGGUGAAACUGUUGGAGAAGUAAGAAUAGUUAGAGACAUGCAUGAGCGGAAAGCUUCUAUGGCUGAGGAAUCUGAUGCCUUUAUUGCUCUUCCUGGAGGAUAUGGAACGAUGGAAGAGACAUUGGAGAUGAUAACAUGGGCCCAACUUGGGAUUCACAAAAAGCCGGUUGGUUUGCUGAAUGUAGAUGGGUACUAUAACUCCUUGCUUUCACUAUUUGACAAUGGUGUUCAAGAAGGAUUCAUCAAGCCAGGUGCUCGGGAUAUAAUUGUCUCUGCUCCAAACGCUAAAGAACUUAUGGUUCAGAUGGAGCAAUACACUCCUUCCCAUCAACAUAUUGCUUCUCAUGAAAGCUGGAAAAGGGCGCAACUUGCUAUUUCUCAAGCUUCAAGCCAUGAGGACCCAAGGUGAAAUAGUUAUUGAUGUAGGUUUUUCACCAAAAUUGAUUCCUGAUUUGAUUCAUCAAUACUCGAGUUGUUGGAAGAAUCUAUUUGUAUGGGACCAGACCCUUCAUUUCAGUGUACUUUUUAAUUCCUUGUGAUUUGAUUUCAAGUGAAUUCAUCCAGUCUUUAAAUUAAGGUCAACUGAAACACUAUUUGAUCGUCA